CAACCGAGCCCCGUGAUUGGCCGCUCUGACCGACCAGCCAGGUCGAACGGGGAGGCAAAAAAAACAGAAGAGCCGCAAACACACACCCGCGACCGCCGCGUCCCCUUCUUCGCGUCCCCGCGUCCUCCUCGGAUCCACGUCCACGUCCCCGGCCACCGAGACACCGCCGCCAUGGGGUGUUUCUUCUCCAAGAAGUCCAAGCGGAAGCCCUCCGAGAGUGACGAGCGGACGACGACCGUCGACACCGCGGCGACGGGCAACGCGGCGUCGCUUGGCAACAGCGGCGGCGGGGAGGAGCCGCGGCAGUACAGCUGGGACAAGAGGGAGAAGGUGGACCCUAAAGACUACAUGCUGACGGGGCUCAAGGACGUGACGGUGGGCCGGCUGCCCGGCAAGCUCGGCGGCCAGCAGUUCGUCAUCCAGGACUGCGAGAACUGCGACAUCUACGUGUUCGACCACUCGGCCGCCGUCACCAUCGACGACUGCGUCAACUGCCGCGUGGUGCUCGGCCCCGCCAAGGGCAGCGUGUUCUUCCGGGACUGCAGGGACGUCAAGUGCGUGGUGGCCUGCCAGCAGUUCCGCACGCGGGACUGCAAGAAGAUGGAGGUGUUCCUGUGCUGCGCCACGCAGCCCAUCAUCGAGUCGUCCACGGGCAUGAGGUUCGGCUGCUUCCAGUACUUCUACCCCGAGCUGGCCUUCCACUUCAAGGACGCCGGGCUGAGCGUCUUCAACAACAACUGGAGCAACGUCCACGACUUCACGCCGGUGUCCGGGGAGACCAACUGGAGCCUGCUGCCGGAGGCCUCGGCCGUCCUGGAGUCGGUGCCGCCUCCGGGCCCCGAGUCCGAGUUCAAGUCCGUUCGGAUCUCCGCCGACGCCGAGCGCAGCAUCGUGCCUUUGACGACGGGGGGGCGGCGGAAGGCCAGCGAGGAGUCCUGCCUCUUUGUCUUCUUCGCCGGAGAGUACAGCACGGCGAACGCCCGCAAGCUGAUCGACGAGGCCUCUGCCAAAGGCUUCGUGCUCAUCCAGACGAAGGAGGUGUCCAUGCGGCCUGAAGACGUGAAGAGGGUGUUUCAGAACAGCGCCGAGUCCCUGGUGGAGUGUGUCACUAACGGGCCGGUCAUCGCCCUGGAGCUGAGCGGGGACGGCGUGGUGGAGGCCUGCAGGAGCAUCGCCGACGAGGUGUUCAGCGGCACCAAGGUCUUCGUCUCCGAUAACAAAAACACGUCCUCCAGAGACGUCGACAGCUUCUUCAACUUCGCCGACAUGCAGAUGGGCUUGUGAGCGAGCCGAGUGGCCUGAACAAAAACGGACGCCCCCUGAACGCCCCCGUGUGAGCAGCUUGUUUUUAAUCCUCAAAAGAAAUUUCGAGACGCAGCGGCACGUUUUACGCUCUGGUUUUCAUGGAGAAAUCCGCACGAGUCUGCAGAUCAAAGUCUCUCCCCCCCGUUUGUCUAAAAACAUCAGCUGCAAACAUCUUAACAGCCGUCGCUGAGAGUGUUAAGAUGUUUAUCCCUACGAAUGUAUCCCGUUGCUUUUAUCGAUUUGUGAAUGUAGCUCUCUGCUGUCAUUGUAAUUCAUUUUUUAAUUUAAAGCUUUGUUUUUAUUAAUGGAAAACACGAGUACACAAAUGUUCUUUCCUACAAGGUGUGUGUGUGUGUGUGUGUGUGUGUUUACAUUCAUACGUGUGAACACUUGUGUUCUAGCUGUUUUUUGUGACUUAGCCAACACCUGUGAGCGUUAUUAUUUUUGUAAUAUGUGUUUUAUACUGUGUUUUUGUACAUGCACACAUGACUUGCUCCCAGCUGUGCUGUUAUUGAGCCGACGUGAAGAAGCCGCAGACCUGAGUGCAAAACGUCCGUCUAGUCAGCAGCACGAACCUCUCAGAGUCUUAAAGGGAUGGACGAUGUUUUAGUGUGUUCUUCUCCGUGUGUUACCACAGCAGAUGUAUUUUAGACACCUCCGAUGAUAAUCUACUUAUUGUUUAAUCAAACGUUCCAUGGAGACUAUUUCCACCCCUUUACCUUCCUGCCGGGGGAUUCAAGCUUUCAUCUUUCUGACUCAUUCACAGAAACAGGAGCUGCUCUGCUGCUGACUGCGUCUUUUACUGCUUCUUUGUGGUAUUGUGUGUUUGUUUUUUUUAAAGCGUUUAAAUUUCAUCAUGAAAGUCUCACAAUAACACAAACUAGCUAAUGAAGGCGGCAGUAGAGCAGCAGCAAUCCGCUCUGUUCCGAGAGGUAAAAUCACCAGUUUUGUGAAUGGAGUCUGGUGACGGCUUCAGGAAGGCCUGUCGACAAAUACAAACUAUCCAUUGAAGAGCACGUUGUGUUGCUGUUAGACAUUUUGAGAACAAGCUGGAAUUGUUUUAUUUGAGCUGGUAAAACGUUAAGUCAGAUAAUUAUUCUCCUUUUUUACGUCGCUUUUAGAGGCAGCGCUUUAACGUCGGAGCCUAAACAACACUUUAGAAUCCCAGUAAAAAGCUUUUUGGAUUCGAUUGAUCCGACCAAUAGGAAACCAAACGAGACCGAUGGGAUUUCAUCAAACACGUUGCAGCUUCAGUCAAAGCUAAAUCGAACCUUUUUGGUCUGUUCACUUGCCUUUUAAGAGAAACUAACAGAGGGACGUCCUGUGAUGUACUUUUGUAAUUGUGAACCUUUUGUACUCGAGCACGCGUUGUGUUUUUUGUAGAGAACGCUCGUCUGUCUGUGAUUUGUGGUUUGGACUCUUAAAACAAAACCGUGUCUUUGUACAUUAAAAGCUGGAGGACACCUGAA